AUGGCGACAGGACCAGCACCAGCAGUAGCAAGCAGCAACAACAUUCAAACGGUGUCCGACUUUUGGUUGUUUGUCGUUUAUUGUCUGGUCGUCAUUGUUGUCGUUCUCUUUUUCCUUUUCUACUUCAAUCGAGUACUCGCGCAGAUCCUCACAUGGCUGAUCAACCAGUACACUUGGAGACGCUACAAUGCUUACAUUGAAGUCGACUCGAUACGAGUGACACUUCUUGGUGCUCGAAUACUGUUCAAGAACUUGCGAUACCUCUCCACCAACCAAUCCAUAUCCAUUGUCAAGGGCCACAUCUCAAUACAAUACUGGCUGAUGAAUGUGCGAAAAGCUGACACUGACAAGAUGGAUCAGAGCAAGAGCAAGUUGCCAUGUCGUAUUGUUUGCAGCGUUGAAGGUCUUGAAUGGUUCAUCUACAACAACGUCCCAGCCUAUGAAGCAAUGAAGAACAUUCUAGGAAUGUCUGAUGGGGAUAAAUCACAUGAAAGAGAUGGAUCAUCACCCGCUCAUAGUGUGCAUAAUGGUAGCCAAGAUCCCGAGAUCCAAACACCUGCAGCAGCAAUGGAGACUUCUUUGAUACGACGCCUCAUGCCUAUUCAGUUUGAGUGUACAACAGGUGCUUGGAUGAUUGGAAACAAUGAGCUACGAAGCAUGAUUGUUGGACAAGCAGUGCAAGCGAGUGGCAUAUGGAGUGCUGAGGAAUCACGUACGGAGAUGGAUCAUUAUAAAUCAGUACUCGACCUUGUCUUCCGCAAAUGCCAGAUUAGUCUCAAGGACAAUAUGGACUUCACCUAUCCUCAAGACCAACAAGAAGACAUUGCAGUGAAAUCAGCAUCCAAAACAAUACGCAUUCUACGGGGCAUUGCUGAUCUCUUUUUGUACCCAUUACGAAUUCUAUUUCAUCCUGCUACAAAGACAAGACAAUUUGGUCACAUGCAACAUAUGCAAGAGAUUAUGAGAUCACAUCGUGAUGCUGAGCAAGGAACGACACGAUCUACCACCUUCCAUGAAGAAUACGCACGAGUCAACAACGUGCUUGAAUGUAGCAAAAUGGCGCUGUUGUAUUAUUCUGAUGUUGCAGGCACUGUUCCUUCGAGUGGUGCACUCGGGUCAUCGGGAGUGGGAAUUGAUGUGGGUAACGGAGGUCUUCCGCCAGAAUGGGGUAUACGAUUACUAUUAUGGAACGCCAUGUUUCAUUAUGGGCCCUGGACCGAUCGGCAAAGAUCUUCAAUCCAUGAUUACUUCUAUCCGAGCUCGCAUCGCAAUAACAAGCCGACACCUUAUUUGCAACCUGGGGAUGAGCGCGUAGCCACAGCAUUUGAAUUUCAUGUGGAACUUAUUACCGAAGCAACACUAAGGAUACCAACUCGGGAAAAAUCAAAGGAUUGGAAGUAUGACAGCGAAGUGGGAGAACUUGAUCUCGGCACCGAUGGAUAUUACACGCGCCCUUAUGGUUGGAUUGAUAUCAAAACAGCUGCUGGCAGCACAAUCAAGACAGUCGUACCUUACGUAUGGGGAGCAGACGGCAUGAGUAUCACCCAUGACAUCCAUUUGAAAGACGUCGAUGCAUCCACUAGCGUCAACUAUGCUUCGUUAAUGCACGCCAAGAGCUUGGAUGUUUCCGUUUCGAUGCAUUCACCCUUGGUGUGGAACGCACAUCGUGUGUGGGAUGUUGGCAUAUCACUCAAGAGACCACAAAUAUUCCUUUUACGUGACCACGUCUUCCUAUUUCAAGACCUAAUCAAAGAUUGGUCGUCCACUCCUCCACCUGAUCUAUUGCAUUUUAUACCCAUCACCUACAACUUUACUGCCAACGUAUCGGAACCGCUCUUAUACCUCUGUGUGAAUGAACACAACAUCAUCAGUAAUCCAAAUGCACUUGACGACAAUGCAUUCAUCAAGAUACACUCGAACAAGCUACACUAUACAAUGUCACUGCCGUUCAUCGAUUAUGAACCAGAAGUUAAUACCAUCAACUUCCAUGCAGAUAUGGAACAUUUUGAUCUUGGAUUUUCUCUCCAGAGCUCGCAUACGCUCAGUGCUUUUAUGGACGACGACAAUGCGCAAUUUGGAGUCAGCGUCGCUGUCGAAAUUGAAGGCUCUUACGAAUAUUACACCACCACUGAUAUCCUACGUCAUAUCGAGUCGCUAAAUCUCAAUGUCAAGCUCAAUGGUGUAACAUGUAAACUGUUUGGCACAGUCAUACGCUAUCUCAUUAUCUUGCGUGACAAUUACGUUGGCAAUUGGAUCAACUUUACGACCAUCGAUGAGUAUCGGCAGCGACGGCAAGAUCCCGACAAGUGGUUGGAGACAAAAAGGAAGCAAGCUGAGUCUAAGCCGAUUCAAGAUCCAUUUGAAGUCUAUUUCCUUGUUGAUAUCCAAGAUGGCUCGCUGUUAUUACCUGAGAACUUGUAUGAGUGCUCACAUUACUCGCAAAUGGAUUUUCAAGAGUUGCAAGUGGAAUUACGGAAUCUUGAUAUCUAUAUGGACAUGUACAUCAAUGUUAGCCCGAUUACCUGGACGCGUGAGACCUACAGUGAUCCAAGUUCCAAAAAAUCUUUUAUGAGAACAAGGACUGUGAGAGACCAAGGCAACUUUUUGUAUAUCGAUGAGCUAAACAUUUACGCCCAUCGUCUCUUUGGUCCUUUACCUGAAACAGCCACGUAUGUUUGUCACUGGGAAUUUGACGUUGGACGCAUCACUGGAGAGAUCAAGCCAUCCUUCCUGUUGGGUACCACCAAUUUUGCGCAGACGUUUGCAUACGACAUGAUCGAUGAAGACAAUGCUGUACCAUCGGAGAUUGCCCCUGCAGCCGAUCCAGAUGUCACCUUUGUCAAAGCUACGGUGAAGCAAGUUGAUAUUUAUUUGAUGAACGAGAACAGUGCUGCGAGGGUGUCUUUGGAACAAGGCGUUGCUGUCGAGUUUGACAACCUUGUGAAUGAAAAGUACAACCAGCGAGUAUGCGUGCAGAUGCCUACUUUUGUGGCGACCACCCUUGCAAAUCAAGAUCAUCAUAUGCGUGGAUUAGGAACAGCACAGGAUGAAUUUUCUUGGGUUGAAGUUGCCAAGUUUUCUACUGGAAUGAAUAUCACAGUCUUUCGACAUACCAAGGAAUGGAAGAAGCUGAGAGCCGCUCAACAGAAUUUCAUCAAGGUCCAAGAUUAUACCACACGACGAUGUUCACAUUUAUAUGAGACUGGCGAGGAAUCGGAAGAAGCCGAACAAUCAACAGGCGAUCAUCAUGUGGGUGUGCUCUAUGCCCCAUUAUACCGAUCGGUGUAUCUUGCGCAAAAUGCAAGCCAUAUGGAAGAUCGUUCGCCUUACUUGGUACGUCCCUCGGGCCAGAGUGAUGAUUACGCCCUACGAUCUUUUGCAGCUGGAGCAAGUGAUAUCCCAAGCGUUGGAUCCUACAUUGGGGAUUGGGGUCAUGGUGGCAUGGAUUCUCUAGACGUUGACCACGUGGCGGAUCGCCAAUCUCGUCCAAGCAUCAUCUCAAACGACAAUGAAUCCUUUCAUACGGCGUAUUCAGGAGAACACCCAUUUGGAAUGCAUGCUGCUGAUAUCCACCAGCUGAUAUAUGAUGACGAGCAUUAUGAUCAUUUCAGCUCACGUUCCAUGUCAGCUUCUGAAAGUGAUGAUGAAUUUAUUCAUGCCGAUGCUACCAAUGGCGACAAGAAAAAGGCAUCCGAGUUGACAAGCAGUAUUCCUCCCUCGAUUCCUUACAGUGGUUAUCUCAAUCGCUAUUCAGUCAAAACGGCAUCUGUGCCUGGUAGUCGCAGCAAUGGCUUCUUUCGACCCUAUCUUCCUCCUCCAAAAACCCGCUUUAUACCAUUGAAGAGGAAGAAUUCUGGUGGUGUGAAUGAACAUGGGGAGUCUGAUGAUACGCGACGACAAGAUGGCUCCUUGUUCUUGUUUCCAGGGACAACGCAUGCUGGUCAUACACCCGACAUUGAUGGAUACGACGACAAUGCGGCAUCAGAUGAUGAGGAUGGUAGCGGAAAUGAAGUUGUGGUGACAACUGUACUCGAAGCAACGCGCCCCUUGGAUAUCCUCAUGACGCCUAUCUUGGUGAAGAUAGCACAAGAAGUAUCAGAAGCCAUCAAUCGAUAUGAUUGGGAUUUGGAAAGCAUGAUGGAUUCAUUGCAGAUCGAAUACGUUGGCCAGCUCACUCGAUAUUUGACGGAUCAAUUUGUAUGCACUCGAUUUGCCGUAUCGUUGCCGAAUACACACUUUCACUUCAUCCAGAAUGUGAUGCUCCCUGAUGACCUGCCAUCUUACAAGGAUGGGACAUCAUAUAUCAACCACAAGUACGAUGAAAAGGAUUCCAUGCUUUGUUCAGCCGAUAUUUUCCUUGAGGACUUCAGCAUGAUUGGAAGUGUCAAGUUCCAGGAUGAAGCAUUUGACGAGAAAAAGAAAUCGGUGGCGGAGUCAAGAAUGGCACUUAUGGAGUCUCGGGUACAUAUCGAUCUUGGUAGUCUUGAAUGCAAAGUCCAAUACGUCAGCGAGAGGAAUCAGCCAGCACGCCAACCGGUUGUCUUUGGUAUCCCAUUAUCACGUCAACAUACUCGAUCAGUCAGCGUGAGGAACCACCAGGGGCUAAAGGAAGAAGAAAGUACCAACGAAUUGGUGGUGAUCGAUUUCAUGUUGAGCAAAUUUGGAUUCAAAUGGUUGGGUGCAGAGAAGCCAAAUUACUUGAACCUUGAUAUCGGCAAUCUCUCAACCGUUAUCAUCACUGAAGCUGUCGAGAUUCUUGUUGGUGCGGUGUAUUCAUGGCUUGUCUUCGUUGAUGAUUUCAAGAUGAUUUUGAGCAGCUUUCAGGAUCAAAGAUCUCGCCAGAUCCAGAUGUUUAUACACGAGUUAUCGAAUUAUUCCAAGCAUCCAGCAACAACGGGUGAUCCACUUUUCUUGACUAAGCCGACUACUGUUUUACGUUUGGGAUCACGCAACUUUCGAAAUGAUGUGGGUUGGAAGCUACUUGCAAGGCUACGCUAUUGCUUGAGGAACAUUGAUUCUGGAAGUCGAGCACGUUUGCAAUAUAAACUUUCCAAAGGAUCCAGUUCAUUGCCACUGAGCUCCAAGCAAAUGUUCGAGAACGUGGUGCAUACGUUGUCUCAGUGGAGAAAUUGGGAAAUCAGUGCAAUGCAAAUAGCCAAUUGCCGCCUAUUUACAGAGCCAUAUCAUCAACAAUCGAGCGAAGUGCCUUUCGAUGAUCGCUGUAGCACCGAAAAACUCGUGGACUUUUUGGUUGCAUCCAUCAAUCUUGCAACGAUACGCAUUGAUUCUUUCGACUUUUGCAUAUUCGAAGAGGAGCAGGAGACCGAGGACAAUAGUAUCAGUAUCACUGCUGUCGAGUUUGGAUUGGAGAGUGCAUACAAGCGACCUGCCAUUAGUGGAUCCGCCACAGAAGAUAUGCCUCGUAUGAGCGGAGAAUCGGAUCGUCGGCAUGGUGCUGCUGCUACUGCACGUGAUGGAUACCUUGAUGUCGUUUCCAAAACCUCGUUGGGAUACAUUAGGAUAUUGAUCAACCCCACCAUAUUGGCAUUUGCACAACACAUGUUGACAGUCCAACGCGUCUUUACGGCCAAGCUGAAAGAUUUAUCACACGCCAACAAGCAACCUCAUGAAAGAGAAUCGAGUUCUUCCGAGUUGGAUAUUUUCAGCAUUGUCAACAAGAUCGACAUUGUGGCCCAAGCGCUUAUUAAUGUACAGGAUAUCGAUGUCACUGCACGAGCACAAAAAUUGACGAUGCAAAGCCUUGUUCGUGGUAUCCAAGGAUCGGCGCUGUUUUCCAAUCCCAAAUUGACGCCACUCCCCUUAUUUGCAUCGUCCGACAAAGCGGAUUCGGAUACUGGUUCAGGCGUGAGGAGCUCAACGAAGGCAUCAAAGCGCAACAAUUCAUCCAAUCCUAGCAAUCGUCUUAUUCUCGAAGCGGGUGGAUUGAUGGAAUAUUCGGAUGUACGCUUUUAUGAGAUGACAGGACCACAACAUCGGCAGCUCAGCGAAUUAUUGAUUAUUACAUUGGAUGGUGUCAACUUGAAUGCCAACAUCAGCCAACCAACACGCUUUUUACGCAAGCAAUCACGAUCAUCAGAGCAAAACAUGGGCAAGGAAGUGCUCAACGUCUUUUCCAACAUACACAAAUUCAACAUUCAUGCACCCAAAAGCUUGCUUCGACUCUAUGAGUUUUUGGAAGAUUGGCGUACGGAACAAGGGCAGCGAUACCAGUUCUUAUUCCAAAACUUGAUGAGUGAAUGGGAGGAACAACAUAGAACUGCCGAUACAGCAUUGGCUGUCAAAUCUCAUGGGACCAAGUCUGCCGAGAAGAAGUUUGAUAUCAAGUUGCAGUUUUUGCUCAAUGAAUUCGAUACUCGAUUCGACCUUUUGCCUUCGUUAAGUGUCCAAUACACCAUCCGCGACUUUUUUGUGAUGGUGAAUGAAUCCGAGGUCAAGAACCAAUUGGUGCAAAAGUAUGCUGUACAGCUUUCCAAGCAAGAGCUUCAUCUCAUUACCAAGAACACGCCAACUCAGCAACGCCAGCUGCAUGAAGAAUAUGCUGGUGGCACGUUCAGCAUACCUGGUAUUCGGAGCACUGGAAGUUUACGCAAUGAAACGGUCAAUGGUGUCAGCCAGCUUCGAUUACGCUUUACUGUCUUUGUGGAUUUCAUAUCAUUAUCACUCAACGCAAGCAUGAUUGAUUCGUUCCUCACAGCACAAUCUUUGCUGGGCAACGAGAUGGGUGAGCUGAUAGAAGUGCUUUCAUACGAUAAGAAGAAGCGCAAGACCAAUUUGGCAGAAGCAUCAACCCCAACAGCAACAACAACACCUUCACGCAAGCUUACGUACAGCAUGGAUGUGAAUUUGAAUGGCCUUCGUAUUGCAGCUGUCAGCCCUUCUGCUAUUGGUGUAUUUGAAUCGAAUGGAUAUGAAGCGUCAAUUUCGAAUGAAGCUGUAUGUACGGCUGAUCCAGAACGGCUGAUGUGGAAGAUCAAAGGAAGGAACUUUGCCUUGUCGCUUGAGCACAAUGAUGGUAGCAGCAACACCGAUGCCACCAGCGAGCCAUCCAUGGGAGCGCAGCCAUCAUCAACCCAUCGCCGGAAUCGAUUGGCAUAUAUCAUUGCUGAUUUUGAAGUACAAAAUUACUUUGCUGGUGACCGUGCUGAUACCAAGGAUAAUCGGAUGGAACCAUUCCAAAUCAAUGUAUCGAGAAUUCAGACCGUUAUGCAACCCAUUGCACUAAGCAAGCUCGCUGAAUUGUACAUUUACUAUGACUCGGAGCUCAAAAAGAAGAAGGAGAUGAAAAAGACCGAGCUGGAUCAGAUUGCUACCAAUACCAAACGCCUUGUCAAGUCAUUCAAGCGUGAUACUGGAGCCGACCAAGAGACGCCUCAUUCACUAUGGGAAGGAAAAGUGUUGUCAGUCAACAUUCAACGUGUCGGUAUUGCUAUUCCAUUAGAAGCAGCGACUCCUACAUCAGAGCAUACGCAUCAUUCUACGCCAAGUGCUUUGUUGCUAUCCAUUGUGUCGAUUCAAUUUGUGACCAAGAAUAUUGAAAAGAGUGCUGCAACACUUGAGGAUAUCUCGCUUCAAUUUGUCAGGCGUUUUGACCAGAACAAUGAAGAUCACUUUAUGGCUGAACAACAUCCUCGCAUGAACCAGAUGCACUUACCAUCGAUCGCAUGUCACGUGUAUACUCGCAAAUUGGAAACGAAGCAAAGUGUCAAGAUUGAUGCCAAAGUGGGCGGCUUUGAAGUGGACAUUGAUGGAAGCCUCUCCGAUUAUGUGAAUGCAUUGAAUAUCAUUUAUGUGAAGAGCAAGGAUCGGGUUGAUGAGUUUACCAAGGUCAGCAAUAACAGGAGCGAAGAAAUUGAGACGACGCCGGCUGUAGAACAGGACAAGGAUACGCUUGUACAUUUGGAUCUUGAAGGGAUGUUUGAGUAUCAGAGUGGUGUGGUGCGUAUGUAUCCAAGACGACAUGCUGGUGAAAUACUUCGCAAGAAACCACGGCAACAAGCUGGCACUAGUGAUCGAUCCGCCAAUAGUAGCAGCAAGAUGGCCACUGUCAAAAUCCCUGGUCUUACAGCAUGGUGCACAUGUCAAAUGCCUUUUGGUACCCACGCAUCCGUGGCGGAUAUUCCUCGAAGAUUGCAUGGUGAUAUUAUGAUUCAUGAGAGCGACAAUAUUCUUCACCCAUCGUUGAUGCAAUUCCUUCAAGAAAUUAUUGCCGGUCUCAAGAUUGGCAUGCAGCAAUCAAGUGAACGUAAGGCAACUCGACCCUCUUCAGCACCAUUGGAUAAGAACAUCAAUGCAUCCGUCGUACUACGAUUAUCGCGUACCAAGCUUGAUCUCAGUUGUCAGCCCACGUCAAAAGUCCUAUGUUCAUUGAGUUGGGAUGAAAGUGAGUUUUUGAUGAGCUCGUUUUCAAGCGAAGGAACACCAUCUUCACAUACGAUGAGUUGUGUUGGAUCACUACGCAAUGUAUCAGCCAUGGUCAAGCAUCACUUUUCACCCGAAGCGUGUCUUACAGCCAAAAUUGAUCAUCUCUUGAUUAAUGCCAUGCUCACAUCCCAGCGACAACAAAAUGGAUGCGAGGAAGACGAUAUUUCGAUUGUUGUCAAGAUGCCAUCCACCCAUGUUGAUGUUAAUAUGCGACACUUGCAAGAUUUGCUUAUUCUCAAUGCCUGUUGGCUCAAUCAGAAACAUGCUCACAAGGCGACUACUACGACAACGACUCCUGCUACGGAUAAUGUUGAAGAGGCAUCCCAUCAUCCUCCAGUGAUUACACCCAAGCCAUUCGCACGACACAUUACGCUGCAGAUGGAGACCAUUGCCUUAUCGGUGGACCUUGGUCAAGCUAUCGGCAAAGUUACAUUUGUGCCAAACAAUGUGAGCUUAUGCACGCACAUGCAACCAUUUGAUGCGAAGAGAUUGGAAUUACGUUUGGAUAAGAUUGAUGUGGCGGCUGAAGGACGAUUAUCGGGUGAUGCGCAAUUUGACAGAUUGGUGUUACAAAUAACGACAAACAUUGUGAAUGAGCGUGUGUUACCGCAAAGCACACCAUCCGUGUAUCUCUUGAUGAACGAAUUCCGAGCAACGUUUGAAUACGAGUAUCAGCACAUUCUCGACCUUAUCCAAGAACCCAUUGAAUUCAGAGCUUGCUUCACUGGUGAGGAGUUAUCAGUCAACAUGGUGGUCAAGCCAUUGCUUGCAUGUGUUUCGAUCAAAACGGUGCCUGUAAUCAUUACAAUGUACAAGCGAUUCACGGAGCUGUUGGAAAAGAAAAAAGUGGAAGCUGGCGUGUUUGAUGCAUUUCCUACUUCUCCCACGACGCCCACCUUACCAUCGAAACCAUUGGCUCAACAACAGCAAUUACAUCAUGUGCCAUCAUCACCUCUUUUAUCUUUACCACGGCUACCUGCUAGCACUGUCAUGGCUCAUUUCCAUUCAUUCGAGGUGGUCAUCUACCCAAGCCAAUUUCAGGACUCUGACAAUGUGGAACUUUGUGCCUAUCACCUCCAAGUGGCAUUGCAACAAGCGAGAGCACCCGAUGUGGAUGAUCCAGACCACCGUACCUUAGCUUUGAGACUCAAGAAUGCAGCUCUACUCAAAAAUGUACCUGGAUUGAAGCUGAUGUGGAAGAGGAAUCGAGCCAAGCAACGAGAUUCAGGAUCACCGGAUCAAGGCAAUGGCAGCGGCAGCGUUAGCAACAAGCCUGUUGACAAUGGAACGAGUAACGUAGGUGCUGGUGGAGGUGUAUCAAUCUUUGGUAUUCCCAGCGUGGCAUUACAUAUGGAAUCGUUACAAAAGCUGCAGCAAGUGGAGCAUAUUUUCUGUACCACCUUUGAUGGAAGGGUCAAUGUCUCGCUCAAUCUUGGUCUUAUCCGCUAUUUGCAAGAAUUAGCCAACAUGUUUACGACACAGCUCGAUCGUGCAUUACAUCCAAAUGAGAGGACUGCUCAUGGUGGUGGUGAGGAUCGUACACCAACCCUAUCAUCAUCAUCAGUAUCAGCUGCUGCUGGUGGUGGUGGUGGACCCUCUGGACACGCUGAUAGCGAUAGUUUUGAUAGUGGUGUAUCUAUCAAGGUGCCAUCAAGUUCUUCUCGUCCCGCAUCACCUGAUCAACCACAAGCCAUCAUUUAUCAAUCAGCAGCACCUGUUGACUUUAAUCCACAACUCCAAGUGAUGGGUGAUGCGACGCCACCAGUGGAAUGGCUGGGCUUUAAACGAGAGCGUUUACCGGGAAUGGUGCAUGAAAACAUUACAUUAGCACUCGACCAAAUUGUACAUACUUUAUGGGAUGUUUAUAGCAAACAACAGCAUCAAUAA